GGGGGGGAGGGGCCGGGCGGGGGGCUGGUGGCAGCGGCGGAUGGACUCGCGGGUAUCGGAGCUGUUCGGCGGCUGCUGCCGGCCCGGAGGGGGCCCGGCCGUGGGCGGAACCCUUAAGGCUAGGGGGGCCGGCGGCAGCAGCGGCUGCGGGGGCCCAAAGGGGAAAAAGAAGAACGGAAGGAACAGAGGGGGCAAAGCCAACAAUCCUCCGUACUUGCCCCCCGAGGCUGAAGAUGGAAACAUCGAAUAUAAACUGAAGCUGGUGAAUCCAUCCCAGUACCGCUUUGAGCACCUGGUGACACAGAUGAAGUGGCGGCUCCAGGAGGGCCGCGGUGAGGCUGUCUACCAGAUUGGGGUAGAGGACAAUGGGCUGCUGGUGGGGCUGGCUGAGGAGGAGAUGCGGGCAUCCCUCAAGACCCUGCACCGGAUGGCAGAGAAGGUCGGGGCAGAUAUCACUGUUCUCCGGGAGCGGGAAGUGGAUUAUGACAGUGACAUGCCCCGGAAGAUUACCGAAGUGCUGGUACGAAAGGUCCCUGACAACCAACAGUUCCUAGACCUCCGUGUGGCCGUCCUGGGCAAUGUGGACUCAGGGAAGUCGACUCUGCUUGGAGUCCUGACCCAGGGAGAGCUGGACAAUGGGCGGGGCCGGGCUCGGCUCAACCUUUUCCGCCACCUGCAUGAGAUUCAGUCUGGCCGAACCUCCAGCAUCAGCUUCGAGAUCCUGGGCUUUAACAGCAAGGGAGAGGUGGUGAAUUACAGUGACUCACGGACGGCAGAAGAGAUCUGUGAAAGCAGCUCCAAGAUGAUCACGUUCAUCGACCUGGCAGGCCACCACAAGUACCUACACACUACCAUCUUCGGCCUCACCUCCUACUGCCCCGACUGCGCCCUGCUGCUCGUCAGUGCUAACACUGGGAUUGCUGGCACCACAAGGGAGCAUCUGGGGCUGGCCUUGGCCCUGAAAGUGCCCUUCUUCAUCGUGGUCAGCAAGGUGGACCUGUGUGCCAAGACCACAGUGGAGAGGACAGUACGCCAACUAGAGCGGGUCCUCAAGCAGCCUGGCUGCCACAAAGUCCCCAUGCUGGUCACCUCCGAGGAUGACGCUGUCACUGCGGCUCAGCAGUUCGCCCAGUCACCCAACGUCACUCCUAUCUUCACGCUGUCCAGCGUAUCUGGAGAGAGUCUGGACCUGCUUAAAGUCUUUCUGAAUAUCUUGCCACCACUCACCAACAGCAAAGAGCAGGAGGAACUCAUGCAGCAGCUGACGGAAUUUCAGGUGGACGAAAUCUACACAGUACCGGAGGUGGGGACAGUUGUUGGAGGGACACUUUCCAGUGGGAUUUGCCGUGAGGGGGACCAGCUGGUGGUGGGCCCCACGGAUGAUGGCUGCUUCCUGGAGCUGAGAGUGUGCAGCAUCCAGCGCAACCGCUCUGCCUGUCGUGUGCUGCGAGCUGGUCAGGCUGCUACGUUGGCCCUCGGGGACUUUGACCGUGCACUUCUUCGCAAGGGCAUGGUGAUGGUGAGCCCCGAGAUGAAUCCUACCAUCUGCUCAGUGUUCGAGGCAGAGAUAGUCCUACUGUUCCAUGCCACCACGUUCCGGCGAGGCUUCCAGGUGACAGUACACGUGGGCAAUGUACGUCAGACAGCAGUGGUGGAAAAGAUCCAUGCCAAGGACAAGCUGCGGACAGGGGAGAAGGCAGUGGUACGUUUCCGCUUCCUGAAACACCCAGAGUACCUGAAGGUGGGCGCCAAGCUGCUGUUCCGGGAGGGUGUCACCAAGGGCAUCGGCCAUGUCACCGAUGUACAAGCCAUUGCAGCAGGAGAGGCCCAGGCCAACAUGGGCUUCUGAACUCCUCCAGGCAGGCACAGCUCCAUUGCUGUCCCUACAA